AUGUACGGGCGAACGGCGUCGCAAUUGCUGAGAGAACUUGAUAUUGCUGAUAGCGACAAUCUGCAGGCAUUCAAUGUAAGCCCAUCGAACCCUCCGUUUAUCAUCGAAUUCUUCGGCCUCCCUCUCUACGCUAGCGUUGAUCUUACCGAGAUCAGAAGAUGCUCUCCAAGCGAUUACGAACGUAGGGCGUAUCCAGCAUUAAGCAUUACUGCGAUGGAACCUCGGUGGAUGUGAAGACCGGCGGUCAUGACGUAUAUCUGCGAACUUGUGAUCGUUUCCGAUUUGGGAAGAUUACCAGAUCAUCUUUUUGUCCGCGUUUAGUUGACUGCGGCACACAACUUCUGGAUCAAUUCUUCUGACCAUUUAUCUAGUGAAGUAGAGCAUUUGCACACGCACACACACGCUACUUUACGAGGGGCGACACGAGGGUCUCGAGUGACCACCACAAGCAAUCAGCAUGGGGUUUCUUCUGGUCAACUGUUUUCUGACCAACGUUUUGGUCUCUUCUUCUGAACCUGCAGAGCGAUACGUGCGACCAGGUUAUCGCCGAAUGUGAGAAUCACCAUCUGAUGCUCCAGUCCUUGAUCAGGUGAGGAAGCCCUGUCCUGCCCUUGAUAUCGUCGGAGAGAGCAUUUGUUGCCGUGGUCGAGCAUUUUCUCGGCCCACUUCACACAAGUCCGUUCGAUGGUCUCUGUUCAUUGCUUUCUCUGAGUUUGGUGCGAUCCCCUGACCUGAAGGAAGCUGGAAGGCGAGCAGCUGGACAUCCAGACGGCCAGGAACGAGGACCAUUUCGGGGCGGUCACACAUCACCUCUCUCUGCUCCGCAACAAACGCUGCCUAAUGGCUUACAUGUAAGCCGACGACUCUUCAUUGUGUUUGGCGUGGGCUGGGCGUGGACAACGAAUGUUCUUGGGCCGUUGAGUUUGGGCUGUUGUCGAAGAAUGGGGCCGUGUUUCUUGAAAUCGAUCGACAUCGAACUCGAUUUGCUUGCUGUGUGUGUGUGUGUGUGUGUGUGUGAGUGUUCCGUGGGAGGGAGAAGUAUUGCAGGCUGGUUUUCUUAGGGGAGUGGGGUGUGUUAUCUAUUGGCAGGUACAACCGAGCGGAGGUGAUUCGGAGCCUGAGGUGGAAGGUGGGAGCCAAGCUACCGGAGGAGAUUCAGGAGAAGCUCAGCUUCUCGGAGAAGGAAUACUUCAAGAACCACUCCGCAGCCAUCGAGUCCUCCAUGUCGGAGCUCGAUCUCGACUUGACGGUGGUGCGUAUUACACCUUCCUUCCUUCCUUCCCACCUACCUUGGGUGUCCAGCUGAUAGUAUAUAUACGUACUAAGGUAUAUGUGCUAAGGAUGGAUGGAUGGAUGGGCAGGAUAUGGUUCCCCCCAAGGACCCGUACAUCCAGGUGAGGGUGCUGGACGACAUCGGCGACAAUCUCUCCCUCGGAGACCACUCCUUCUCCCUCACCAAGAACUCGGUGCACUCCGUCCGCCGCACCGACGCCGAGCAGUACAUCUCCCAGGUGGGCUUCGCUUUACUUCCCUCCCUCCUUUUCACACCACCCUCUCUCUCUCUCUCUCUCUCUCUCUCUCUAUCUAUCUAAAGCCAGCGGGGCCCGUCUGAUGUUGAUUGCGGAUGUGGAUGGCAGGGCUUGAUGGAAGAGUUUUUCGCGUGA